AAAGUUGGUGGAAUUCAUGUUCAGAUUACACUCUUUCCUCAUUGUCUGAUUGCUCAACCAUUUUUCCACACAUUAAAACACAAUAAAACCCUCAGAAACAUUUAAUGGAAUCCUGACUUAGAAUCCAACACUCAAAAUCCCAAAAAAAAAAAAAAAAACAUCAUGACUUUAUGCGCCGCCGUAGACUCCGCUAGAACCCUCGCAUGCCGCGACGGCGCCGCGGCGGCGACACUCAAAUUCAUCUCAAUGUUCGUCAUAUUCUUCACAAGCGUCAUCGGAAUAUCCGCUCCAGUGCUACUCGCGCGUCUGUUUCACGGCAAACCGCUGUACGAUAAAGCAAUUUUAAUCAUCAAAUGUUUCGCCGCCGGCGUAAUAUUAUCCACUUCACUCGUUCACGUGCUUCCCGACGCGUAUGAUGCACUCGCCGAUUGCCAGGUGUCAUCUCAUCAUCCUUGGAAAGACUUCCCGUUCUCUGGAUUGAUUACUUUAAUCGGAGUGUUGACGGCGCUGUUAGUGGACUUAACGGCGACGUCACACGUUGACGGUUACAGUCACGGACAUGCUCACGGUGGCGGAAACAAGGAGACUACCGGUUACACGCGGCUAGGGGAGGAUGAGGAGAUGAAGAAGACGGUGGUGGAGAUAGAGACGGUGGAGGCGGAGGAGGAGCGGCGGCGCGAGAAGGAGGAGGAGAUGGUGAAACUGAAACAAAGGAUGGUGUCACAAGUGUUGGAAAUUGGGAUUAUAUUUCAUUCAGUGAUUAUUGGAGUAACGAUGGGGAUGUCGCAAAACCAGUGUACGAUAAAGCCGUUAGUGGCGGCGUUAGCGUUUCAUCAGAUUUUUGAAGGGAUGGGUCUCGGCGGUUGUAUUGCUCAGGCGGGAUUCAAAUUCGGAACAACGGCUUACAUGUGCAUAAUGUUUUCUGUCACGACACCGAUGGGAAUAGCGUUGGGGAUGAUACUGUUCUCGAUGACAGGGUACGAUGAUAGCAACCCGAACGCGUUGAUCAUGGAAGGGCUUUUGGGGUCAUUGUCAUCAGGGAUACUUAUAUACAUGGGUCUUGUGGACCUAAUUGCUCUUGAUUUCUUUCAUAACAAGUUGAUGAGUUCCGAAACUUGGUUAAAAAAGAUAUCUUUUGUGGCCCUUGUGCUUGGCUCUACCUCCAUGUCUAUUCUUGCUCUUUGGGCUUGAAAGUUGUGCAAACACUUUUAUGUAAGAUUGUGUGUUCUCGUUUGGAGUGGUUUGAUUACUCUUGUGAACGAGAAAACAAGUGUUGUUUUGUACAAUGUAAAUGAUAUAUUUUACAUCAUAAACGUGUGUGAGACGGGAGAGACAAGGUUAUAAUGGGUUCGAGUUGAAAAGAAUCUAUAAUCUAGGUUGAAACGGGCCCUAGAAUGUGUAAUCCAGGUUGAAAUGGGCCCGACUUGGUUGACUAUUUGACUUGUUAUUGUUAUGAAUAAUUAUUUGUUAUAAUAACUUAGAAAGUU